AUGUCUCUAAUAAACUUGAAACAUCUGGAAGGAUGUACAGAGAAGGAGCUUGAGUGGCGUAAACAGGCCAGCAUAACAGGACAGCGUCUGGCCCUUCUUGCAAGUGAAGGGAAUAACUUUAGCUCCAUUAUUUAUUCAUCAUUGACCAGAUCCACAGAAACUGCUGAUAUCAAUAUUAAAAUGUGCAGCUCCAGUCUGCUUCACGAAGGACCUCCAAUCCGACCAGUUCCUGCGGAAUCCAAGUGGAUACCAGAUCUUUCUUAUUUUAAAGAUGGCCCACGCAUUGAGGCUGCAUUCAGGAAGUACAUCCACCGUGCAGAUCCAGAACAAACAAAAGACAGUUAUGAAAUAAUAGUCUGCCAUGAUAAUGUGAUCCGCUACUUUGUAUGCAGGGCACUACAACUCCCACCGGAAACUUGGGUCCGACUGUCUCUCUAUCAUGGUAGUAUUACAAAGCUGGUGAUAAAACCUGAUGGUGAUGUGUCACUGAAGUUGCUUGGUGAUGCUGGCUUUAUACCCCCGGGGAAACUCACAAGAGCUUAGCUCUAAACUGGAUGUCCUCCUAGAGACCUCUGUGUUGGACA